AUGCGCACCACCGCCCCCCUCCGCCAAUGCGCCUCGACGAUCCUGCGCACCCUGAAAGCCGCGCAACUGCAGCGCAUCGCCCAGAGCACGGGCAUCAAAUCCUCCGGCACCAAGCCCGUAAUCGUCGACAGGUUGGAGACGGAGCUCGCGCAAUGCGAAUACAGCGCUUUGCUCUCCCCUCCCCCGCAGGGGGUUGCAGCGCAACCCCGGAGGAUGAGUAUCCUCAGCAUCGACAUGGGAAUUCGUAACCUUGCAUUUGCGCAUCUGCUUGUCUCUCCUCCUUCUCCUGCCCCAUCUAUCCCAGGAAAUCCCCCCCCAAAACCACAAAUAACCCUCAACGCCUGGCGCCGCCUCUCCAUCCCGGAACUAGACAACCAAACCUCAUGGACAUCCCCACCCCCUCUCUCCCCAGGAUCAGAUACCCAUCCCAGCCCGAAACCCGAAAAUCAAGAGGAGGACCCCUUCUCACCCGCCCGCUACGCCCGCCACGCCUACACGCUCCUGAUCACCCUGCUCACGCUGUACCGCCCCACGCACGUGCUGAUCGAGCGUCAGCGGUUCCGGUCUGGUGGAGCCGCGGCCGUGCAGGAGUGGACGAUUCGCGUGGGCGUGUUUGAGGGGAUGUUAUAUGCGGUGUUGUAUGCUUUGCGCCGGGAGCGGGAGCGCGGGGGCUCGGCGGCGGCGGUGGUGGUGCCGAGGGUUUGGGGGGUGGAGCCUGCUCGGGUUAGUCGGUUUUGUUUAGCUGAAUCACCACCCAAAAAGAAAAGGAAGAGCACCAGAGAAGUCAAGAACAUGAAGAUGGACCGCGUGGGGAACUGGCUGCGUAACGCAACUUCUCUUCUGCAUCGCGGCCGUCAGGGGCGGUUGGCGGUGGCGGACGAGGCCGAGUUACACAGCUGGGUUGAGGCGUAUCUCGCCAAGUGGGAAGGCAAGCAGGGUGCACGACAACGAACGACACCCCCCGACGGUGGCGCUGCGGCGCCGGAUAUCGGCAAGCUGGACGAUCUGGCGGAUUGUUUGGUUCAGGGGGUCACUUGGUUGGAGUGGCAGGUUAUGCGCCAUCGACUCGUGGCGGAUCCUGGACUGUUGGCGAAGGUUUAG